AAACAGAAGAUGGCGACAGAGAGCGUGGAAGGAGGGGGUGAAUUAAUUGCAAAUUGCACGCUCAAAACCAUGUGUGCCCUUACAGAAGCUUGCAAGGGCAAUGGUAUGAACCACAAUUGUUACUGUGGCCAAAAAUCAGGGAAAUCGCUUGACACUGUACACCUUAAAAUCGCUCGCCAAUCAAAGACAACAAAUGGCUUGGCAAUUUCCAUCAAAUCUGCAAAUUCAACCACAAUCCCAAAUCUCAGGUCCAGGAAUGGAGUGGCCUUGUUGGAGAAACAGCCGAGUCCCCCUGCGUCCCCAAGAAAAAGACGGUCCUUACGGAUAGAAAAGAUUGGGUCACAAGACAGUAUGGUGAGUUGUAAAUCGCCACCAGCCGCCACAACAGCACCCGCCACCGCCUCACCACCUCUCCACCAUACCACAACAUCGGUUGCCACAACACCACCAGCCAACAAUACAAAAUCUCAGGCCAACACCAAGCAACAUACAAACAACCAGUUGUAUCACCAAGUGACUGGGAUAAUAUCAGAGAAAACAACAGCGUGUAACAAGACUCCAUCAUGUAACAAGACUUCAUCGUGUAACAAGACUCCAGUGUGUAACAAGGCUCCAUCGUGUAACAUGGGCAUGACCAGACCAACUGAGUUAAUAACUCAGCCUAAAAAUGUAUAUCAAAAUCAACCAAAAAUGGAUAUAUCUCCCAGUCCCAUAUUGAAUCAAAACCAACCAAGAAAUGGUGAUUCGGAUAUGUUGUGCCAGCCUGUCCCGAUUGGCGCUACAAAAGUGCCUGUUGUGACAAACGGAUAUGUAGCACAUGCUAAUAACCUACAAAAAGAUACUCAUUCAUUCUUCAAGCCACUGCCUUCAGGCUCAGGUAGUCCCGCCAUAAAUGGAUUAUCCAGGCAGUCCUCAACGUAUUCAUUAACAUCCCUUGGUUCUGUUAGCACCCCGGGGACACCGAUAUCUGGAUUUCUCCGCCAGUCAUCUGUUUCGUCCUCUGGGUGCAGUACCCCCCAUCCAAUAUUCUCUAAUAACUAUAGCAACCCAGGGACCCCGUGUUCAUCGUCGCAAGAUGAAGAUACUAAGGAUUCAAUCUCGACCAAAGACAUUGUGACGUGUAAAUGGCAGCAUUGUAAUACCACUAUGGAUAUAGGUAGUCUGGUUGAACACAUGCGUGAAACUCACGUGCGAUCUCAGAAAUCAUUAGAAAAAUGUGUAUGCUUAUGGGAGGGUUGCAAAGUCUAUAAUAGGCCUUCUAGUGCUAAAUCAUGGCUUGAUAGACAUAUUUUAUCACACAGUGGGGACAAGCCGUUCCGAUGUAUUGUGACAGGUUGUAAAAUGAGAUAUACGUCCCAAUCUGCGCUGGAGCGCCAUGUUAAUAGCCAUUUCAAUGCAAGCCAACCUGCAAAUGGGCAACGGCAAAAACCACGAGAAGAUACUCCAUCGAAACUACUGAGGAAGAAGCGCUUAAAACAAGGAUUUAGACGCAAGGUUCCAAAGAAAAGUAACGAUUUCUUUGAUGCCCAUGUUAUGGAAGGAAUCAGAUACGACCUUGGUCAGUUCAUGCAGAAGACCAAAUCAGACGUCCACCAAUCAGGGAACACCAUUUCAGUCACAUUCCACAGCACAAUGCAGGCAAAGCGGACAGACAAAGAUGGAAAUGUGAAUGUUCUACUACGUUGGAAACCAGAGAAUGUGAUACCAGAUGAAUGGGUGCAAGAAUCUCAGGUGACAUCACUAUCAAAGCGAACAAUACGUCUUCGUGAUCUACCUCGUCACUCCAUCACCAACCUAGAUGCGUCGCUUUAUAGGACACACAGACAUAGGAAACAUCGACGAAAAUGAUCGUUAAUUUCUUGAAUUUCAAUCAAGUCAUCAUAUCAUUAAUGUUAUAUCAUUGGAAUUUGAGUCGGUCAAAGAAGCAUUUCGGCUCAAAUCGGGACAUAUUGAUAAAGCCCUUUCGGCCGACUCAUUCAACUGUGGAUGUUAAAUAUAUAGACCCAAAUUCUGUUCAGCAGAUGGGACAUGUUCAUCUUAAUAUUGGGAUCUCAACUUCUAUACUAACUAGAUUCUCAUUAUAACCAAUGAAGGAAAAACACAUUGGACAUAGUCUGCUCAUGUUCAUGAUUGAAGUCCCAGGGAGUGUGUAUAAACAUUGGAAUAGCAUUACAGUCAAUGGAAUGGAGAAGCGCCUGGACAAAAUGUGCCCAUUUAUAUACACUCGUAUAAUUAUUGCAGUCAUUGGUAAAAAUCUGUUAGGGCAAAAAUGCUGAUUUCAUACUAAGGAACCUUCAAUGGAGCUAAAAAGUGGUCCAGUAUUAUUGAUUGUUGGUUAUCUAUUGCGGUCAUAUCAUGGAGAAUGAUAUAUUGUAGGAAACUUAGAUAAACGAAGUCAAAGAUUAAUGACAGCCAUUAUAAAGUGAUACUAUUAAUUGAAUAUGUCUGGGAUUAAUGCUGCGGUAAAGUGGUGUACAUCAUUGAUUACUGCGGUGUAAUACUUGUAGUGUACAUAUAGGGAUUACUGUUGUGGAGUAGCAUCCAGGGAUUGCUGCAGUCGUAAAGCAUACAUCUAGAGAUUAACUGCAUUGGUAAAGUUAUCUGGUAUUGCUGCAGUGGUAAAGCGUCCAUCUAGGAUUAUUACUGUCGAGAAGCAUAAAUCUGGUAUUGCUGCACUGCAGUAGCGUAUACAUUGGAUUACUGCAGUGCAGUAGCGUACAUUUUGAAUUACUUCAUUCAUACAGUGUACAUCUGGAACUACCACAGUGGUGAUAUGUACAUCUGUAGCAAAUUAGUAUUGAAUCACACAGUUUCCAAUGGGACAAGAUAACUUCCAAAUGCACUAAUGAGUAAUGACUAUCAACAAAUAGCAUUUAAUUGAAGUACUUACUAUCUCUAAACAACAAGAGCUAUACAAAACAACUUACAAUCAGACAAAGCAACUUUGAUUUCAGCCAAAUAACUUCCAAUUAGACCAAGCAACUCUUGAUUGGCCUAUACACAAUGGUGCUGUAAUCUGACUCAUAUUGUCAUCAACUAAAAAUGAGAUUGUGUACAGUCAUGGGAAGCGUGUAUGGAAAACAUAUUUCAAGGAUACAUGAUUGGCUGUUACUUUACUGUCAUAUAUGAUCAUUUAUGAAUAGCAUCUUAUUCCACAAAGCCAUAUAAGGUUAUUUUGUAUACCAAACUGGCAUGUCGAAUAAGUUUUCAUAUUGUGCCAUAUUUGGUAUACUAAGUUCACUAAUCACUAAACUGCCAUAUAUGGGCAAUGUCAUAGCAGAUUUGCAUCAUUUAAAGUAUCAAUUUGCCAUGAUGUUCCAAGUACAAUACUGCCAUAUAUGGAUGCAUUUAUAUCCAACUGCCAUAUUUGGUCAGUGGAUACUGGUCUAAGCUCAAUAAACAGUAACCUAGCAACACUUGUGAACAAACAUCUGAUACAACAUUGAGGCCAUUUCACUCUCAGAUAUAUUCAGGGAAAUCAUAUACACUCAAUACACUUAUGAAAUGGCAUCAAUCAUAUUUGUAGCACUUUGAGUAAGUUUCCCAUAUAUAUGACAUGAUAUAAUCAUAAUGGGUGUUAAGUAUGGGAAUGGGAUGAGGCCCCUUGACAUGUGACAUUACAUAAAUGUGCAUGUAUGUCAAAAGUGAUCCCAAGCAUGUGAUCUUACAUUUCAUCAUGGCACACAUAAUAAUGGGAGCAUAUCAAAUGAGGCCACAAACAUGGGACCUCGCAUCAUGAUGGGAGCAUAUCAGACAAAUGGGCUCACACCAUGUGAGCCAGUGAGGCCCCCAUACAGGUGAUAUCACAUUAUAUUCUGAAUGCAUGUCAAAUGGGAUCCAAAACUUGUUGAAUCACAACAUAACGAGAGCAUGUCAAAUGACAACAUUUAACUUCAUAAAAAUCACAUCAUAGAGGGACCGUUUCAAAACAAGACCCCCAUAUAAUAUGAGACAUCACAUCUUUACACAGGGACCAUGUCAAAUGAACUAUAACACUGCCAAUGUGAAUACUUAUAUAUACCUCAACUAAUGAUUAACUCACUUAUUACUCAAACAACUUAACUGAGAAUGCUUCAUAAAUAUGUGAAAGCAAAUGUGAAAAUCCUACAAAUAUA